CCUCUUUCUAUAUAUCUCUCAAGAAGCCAAAUCCGCUUUCUUUUUCUCUACGAACAAGCGUAGAUAUCGAACCUGCAGGUGGUGGUGGUGCUGUCUGCAGAUUUUCAGGGUGAAGUGUGUCAAAGUUGAGGUUUCUUUUAUGUCCAUACAGGCCAUUUCGUUUUUGGGAGAGAUUGGAUUGCUUGGAGAGUAUACUCCUUCAUUAAGGAAAAAGGGCAGACCCUUGUCUGAUAAAGUUGGCUGCAUGCAUCUCGGACCGUUUAAAGGAUACCCUGAGUUUAGUGGUUGCAGUUGGGUGCAACCUUACCUGAUUGCUGAAAAACAGUCUUCUCUUUUUGAAGAAUCUUCAGAAGACAUCAUAGUUGCUACCCUCUCUUUGCAUUCUAGCAUUGGCUUUCAGUGACAUCUUCUAAGUUUGUUUUGUGAGUCUGUUUUACAGUGAUCAAGAUGGCUUUGCAGAAUAUUGGGGCUUCAAACAGUGAUGAUGCCUUCUAUAGGUAUAAGAUGCCCAAGAUGGUUACCAAAGUCGAGGGCCGAGGAAAUGGCAUCAAAACAAAUAUUGUCAACAUGGUUGACAUUGCAAAGGCUUUGGCAAGGCCAGCUUCUUACACUACAAAGUAUUUUGGUUGUGAGCUUGGUGCCCAAUCCAAGUAUGAUGAGAAAACUGGGACUUCACUUGUCAAUGGCGCUCAUGAAACUGCAAAACUUGCUGGGCUUCUUGAGAACUUCAUCAAGAAAUAUGUUCAAUGUUAUGGCUGUGGAAAUCCUGAAACUGAGAUAAUCAUCACGAAAAGCCAGAUGCUUCAACUAAAAUGUGCUGCCUGUGGUUUUGUAUCUGAUGUGGAUAUGAGGGACAAGCUCACCACUUUCAUUCUGAAGAACCCUCCUGAAUCAAAGAAGGGAGCAAAGGACAAGAAGGCAUUGAGGAGGGCUGAGAAGGAGCGUCUUAAGGAAGGUGAAGCUGCUGAUGAGGAGCUGAAGAAACUGAAGAAAGAAGGUAAGAAGAAGGGAUCUUCUUUAAGGGAUGGCCCUGCAAAAGCUAGCUCUACAAAGAAGAAAGCAAACAGCUCCGAUGAGGAACGUAUGUCACCAACUCACAGCCAGGUUGAUGAGAAGGAAGAGGUUGUUGAUGAUGAUGAUGAUGUCCAGUGGCAAACUGAUACGUCUCUUGAGGCAGCUCGCCAGCGCAUACAAGAACAGUUGAGUGCUGCGACGGCUGAUAUGGUCAUGCUUUCAACAGAAGAGACAGAAAAGAAGGCAAGGGCACUCAGCAAAGAAAAUGGCAGUCCAAAAGUUGCUUCACCAGCCCGGGAGGAAAAACCAAAAGCUGAGAAUGGGAGCCCAAGUACCCACGGAACUCUUGUCAAUGAGUUGAAGUUAAGCCUAAGGAAAGGAGUUUCUGCCAGCCAAUUAAAGUCCACUCUCAGCGCUCUCACUGGGUCUGCUCAGGAAAAGAUGGAUGCUCUGUUUGAGGCAUUGUUUGAGGGUGUUGCAAAAGGAUUUGUGAAGGAGGUUGCAAAGAAGAAGAACUAUCUGGCUGCUGCUGUCACUCAGGAUGAGGGAUCACAGUUGCUUCUGCUUCGAGCAAUUGGGGCUUUCUGUGGGAAGUCAGGCUCAAGUGCACUGAAGGAAGUGGCUCUUAUCCUGAAAACACUCUACGAUGCUGAUGUCCUGGAGGAAGAAUACAUUGUGCAGUGGUAUCAAGAAGGGCUAAAGGGAAGCAACAAAGAUUCUCAGAUUUGGAAGAAUGCUAAGCCCGUCAUUGAAUGGCUCCAGAAUGCUGAAUCCGAAACCGAGGAAGAAUAAUGUGCCUUUCUCUUGCUUAAUUCCCGAGCCCGAGUGUCUCAUGAUGUUUGCGGUAUGAAUAAAUGAUGUCUCUUUCCUUUAGUGUCUUUGGUUUGAGUUUACCUGAACCCUAGGAGGGUGGGUCAUGGAGGGUUACUAUUUAUGUUGCAGUGAUAUGGUCUCCUGCAAGUUUGGUACUUCCAUGGGUGUGGUGUGCUUGUCUUGCCUUUAAUGGUUUUCUUUUGCAAUAAAAAUGUCUAUGAACAUGUUCUACCA